AUGAAAGCUCCCACCACGUACCCUAUCCUUGGAGAGCAUUUAACUAUGGAAGAAGUCAUUUCUAAUCCUCUGGCAGAAAAUGGGUGUCUUGACCCGUACUUGCGUGGUCGUGUGCGGCCAGGGGUAAAGUCGUAUAUUGCUGCAUUUAAACUUGGCGAUCCUAUUUCUUCCCGAGGAGUUACGAAAGUGAUUGGGUCGAGCUUCUCUAGUUACAAAGAAGGUGACAUUCUUGAGUUCAGUAGUUUAUCACUAGGUGCGCUUGAUGUGCCGGGGCUCACUGCUUACGCGUCCCUCUUUGAAACUGCAAAGCCCCUCAAAGGAGAAACCAUCUUCGUUUCAACCGCAAGUGGAGCAGUUGGUCAGACCGUCGGCCAAAUUUCCAAGCUUCAAGGGCCAACUCAACUUGAUGCGGCGCUUAAGGCCCUGAAACCCCACGGUUGUAUCGUAUAUCUGACCAGGGUGGGAUUUAUUGUGGGUGAACUCAUCCAGAGGUCAGGGCCUCGAUUUUAUGAAAAGAUGCACAGGUGGAUUCACGAUGGCGUUAUCAAGACCGUGAUAUCUGAGACGGAUGAAAUCGAUAAUGCUACAGAAGGCUUGGUAGGCAUGUUCUACUGGAAACCUUUUGGAAAGGCAAUUUUGAAGAUCUAG